GUCACAUGUCGUACUAAAUGGAGGUGCCUUGGAUAAUAGUUUCUCUUUGGACUAGAGCUGUCUGGGGACAAAGUUAUUUGGCGGGAGAGCAUCGUCCACUUUGGAUCCUGGAGGAUGGGCUAGCCAAAAGGCACAGACAGAAUCGCCCAGAAGCCGACUAUGAAACCACCACUAGGAUUCCUGCUGCGCUGAUGGUCAGAAGGCAGGGAAGAGGUGGUGGUCAGGAGGAGGAACCCGGCUCCAUUACUUUUCUUGUUAGACAUGACGAUCGGGAUGCUCCUUCUGCGCCGCCCCCAAUACUGCCCUCCUUGCCUAAGCGACGCUUUAUGAUGCCCCACCGUCUCCAGCUGCCCCAUCGGUACGUACAACCCGUUCAAAAAACCAGAAGCCAGCGGCGGGGAGAACGUCGCCAGCUACCCGUUUUCGAUAAUGGGCCCGGGGAGAAUUCCCUGCAACUGAGUAUGGGCAACUACCCCGUUUUCGUGUACAAUGGAACCAGGGGAGAACUGAUUCUCAACACCAUGCUAAGCAGGAGGCGUUAUCCCAUGCAGGAACCAGUUCCAGGCCAAGUUCUCUAUCCACCAUCGACCCCCAUGUUUCGUCCAAAACCGAUUGUGGAGCGAUUCCGCUUCCCAGGACAACGGGAGAUCAAGAACCUGACUUUAAUUCCCUUUUAUGCGCAAGAGGCCAUCAGUGAUCCCACCCUAACUAGCACAUCCACUCAAGCACCCACCACCUCCACCACGCCCAUGCCAUCACCCUACGAGACACAGCUGCCCAGAAUCGAGGGAAUGCUAACGCUGGGAAAGCGAAAGAGAAAGAAGGGCAAGCAAUAUGAGGCCUUUCAUUCCCCUCAAGAUGUGAUGCAAUGGCAGACAGUCCUGCGACGAUCCACUGGUCACAACGACAAUCAUCGGCAUCACUCCAGUCAGGAAGUGGAGCCGGAGGAGCAGAAGGAGUUGGGAGAUCUAAGCGAUGGUGUGGAAGAGGAGCUCGAUGAACAAGACUGGCUAACAUCACAGGAAGCCGAAACAGAGGUGGAACUACCUCCCGAGCCAAGAGAAACGUCUACCGCCAGCAGCAGUGAGCCCUUCCAGAUCGUCUACAUCGAUGAGAGUCUGGAACGACCAACCGUCGAAACUCUGAGUCCCACUACGCCGCCAACACCAUUGCGACAUAGCUCUCGAUAUGCCCUCAAAAAUAGGUACUAUGCAUUUCCAGUAUAUACCCUGGGUAAACUGCUCCAGCCACAAACACAGAAUCCAUCCAAGAAUCUACUAGAGAAAAGCGAUCGCUCGGCAAGAAGCUCCUUGGAAAGAGAGCCUAGUACGUGGUUUAUCCUGAAUUCACGCUACAAGGGACCAUACCAUCGAUCACAUGGAACACACAAUCAGACCAAAUACUACACAUCCAAGUACAUAGAGAACGGCUUUAGACCUCGGAGAUAGUACAAAUAGUUAGAUGUUAAUAACUGAUAACUAUCAAGAAUAGUUUUUGGAGUGACAAAGAAGACACCCAAGAGAUUACAGAACACAGUGCUCCGAAAUGAUCACUAACGCCUCUAUCCAUAAAUAAAGCCUUCAGAAAAAGCCAUGAGACAAUUUAGAUUGUAAUGCCUAGAUUGUUGCCUGGUGGAACCGUUUUACGACCGAUAAAGGGCAGUCAUUCAUGUUUGGGGUCAAAAGAGAUCCCGAGCUCUGAAAAGGCGGUCGUAAAUUGGAAAGUGAAUAAUAGGGACUACUUUAUUGAGCGACCUAUAGUUGCAUAACCCAACGUGCGAAUCGGACGGGUGAGCUAAAGCCAUUGCCUGACCCAAAUUCCAGAAUCCAAUACACGGAAAAUAAGAAAGAAAAACAAAAUUUGAAUGUG